UCCUUUUCUCGUGUGUAGGAUCGUGCAGUCAUCUAUAAACGAGCUCUCGUCAGCCAAUACCGCGUCUCCUGAAGAAAACAAUCAACAAAAAGUUUGUAUCGCUGAGAACAAUAUCAAUGAAACAGCUACAUCUGAUAUUAUGGUGGAAGAAACAACUGUGACAGCUGAGGCUAGAGUAGUAGAUAAUGUCGUCCCAGAGAGCAAAAUUAUCAAAGCCCCAAAAGCUGGAGCCAAAGCUUCAAAAGAAACAGUAGAGAUGUGGCGAGAAAACGGAUUCUCUAGCCUAAUCAUGGCUGCACAAGACCAAGACCCGUGGAGCUUAGUUAAAGAUGUAUUGCCACUGCUCUCAUAUUCUGCCCCCUUUGCAAUAUAUCAUCAGUAUUUACAGCCGCUGGCGACAUGUAUGCACAAGCUUCAACAGGAGAAAAUGGCGAUCAACUUGCAAAUAACAGAACCGUGGCUACGCGAAUAUCAGGUGCUUCCUUCAAGAUCUCACCCUCACAUGCAGAUGAAUUCUUUUGGAGGCUAUGUUCUGAGCGGCAUUAGAAUCUCUACCUCUUGACUAUUGUUUUUUCAAAACCAGAAACUGGUUUGAUGUUUGGUCUUUUCUUGAAAAGGUCUUUGUUGUUGUAACAUUCUUUUUCUUGAUCAACCGUUGUUGUAACAUAAGUUUUGAUAUUAUAAGAACACUCAAAAUACUUGAAAUA